AUGCCCACAGGCCCACGUCCCUUCGCCUUCCCCCUAGACGCCGGCAGCAGCGGCCAGUUGGGCGGUUGGGUCUGGGUUCGCUGCCUAGUUGGGCGCAGAGCUCCCUUCGCCGCGGUGGGAGGGGCCCUCCUGGACGGCUGAGCCCUGGACGCUCGCCCGGACUCCCGGCAAAGGAUGACAGUCUUGAGACUGCCUCCCACUGGGCUGGGACAGCGCACGGGGACCCGCAGAGCCUGCCAAGCCCACUGCGCGGCCAAAGACGGCAGUUCUUGGACUUCAGGGGCCUGGUGAAGGCUGCGGACCACUGGGCCCUCCCCGCAGAAUGACCCGCUCAGCGCUUGUCAGGCAGAGUUGGGGGGCUCAGGAGCCCCGGGCCGGGUGACAUCACAGUCCCUCCAGCGCUGCCCUUCUAGGAUCCAGAGCAGCUCUCCUCAGACUCCACCCUAAGUGUUUCCUGCUGCUCCAGACAAAUAGACCUUAGUCUCCUGUCCUGACACCAGCCCAGACGGCCUCACCCCGGAGCCAUGAGAGCUGCCUACCUCUUCCUGCUGUUCCUGCCUGCUGGCCUGCUAGCUCAGGGCCAAUACGACCUCGACCCACUGCCUCCGUUCCCGGACCACGUCCAGUACACCCACUACAGUGACCAGAUAGACAACCCGGACUACUAUGAUUAUCAAGAGGUGACUCCUCGGCCCCCCGCGGAGCAGUUCCAGUUCCAGUCCCAGCAGCAAGUCCCACAGGAAGUCAUCCCGGCCCCCACCGUAGCGCCUGGAAGCGUGGAGACAGAGCCCACGGAGCCUGGGCCUCUGGACUGCCGCGAGGAGCAGUACCCCUGCACCCGCCUCUACUCCAUCCACAAGCCCUGCAAGCAGUGUCUCAAUGAGGUCUGCUUCUACAGCCUCCGCCGCGUGUACGUGGUAAACAAGGAGAUCUGUGUCCGCACAGUCUGUGCUCACGAGGAGCUCCUCCGAGCUGACCUGUGUCGGGACAAGUUCUCCAAAUGUGGCGUGAUGGCCAGCAGCGGCCUGUGCCAGUCUGUGGCGGCCUCCUGUGCCAGAAGCUGCGGGGGCUGCUAGGGCGGAGCUGGCACCCCAAGCCCUGGGCCUUUCUCGGACCCGGGGCCCUCAGGCCCUGCCUGACCUGGUGCUUUUCUCCCCGGCCUGACAUUCCUUUUAUUCUGUAAGAAGUUAGUGGACUAUGGCCCUGCGGGGUUGGUCUCGGGCCCCUCUCCCAGCCUGCGGCCACCCCGGGGCCCAAGGGGGGCUCCCCACUGCCCAGGGCUCCUCACCCCCCGAUGAGGGGCAUCCGGGCCUCUGAUGUGCCUUCUCCGUCCCCCUGCCCCCAGCCCCUCCAGGUAGGCUGUGCCCCUCACACCCCAGUUGGUCCGCUAGGACUUCGUACAGCUCCCGGGCAUAGACCACCCUUGUUUUAUACAAAAUUAAAAUGGUUUUUACAAAA